GUUUUGAGAAGGGAUAUUCCAUGGGAGACUUAUAUGACCACGAAGCUGAUCACCGAAACAGGUCUUCAACUGUUGAGGCGUUAUGAUAAAAAGGCUGAAAGCGACAAAGCUCAGUUGCUGGAUGAUGAUGGUCCAGCUUAUGUCAGUGUGUUUGUUACCAUUUUACAAGACAUCUUUAAGGAAGAAACUGUGGAAUAUGUUUUAGCUUUAAUUGAUGAAAUGCUUACAGCAAACCCUAGAAGAGCGAAAUUAUUCCAUGACAACUCUUUUGCCAAUGAAGACACUUAUGAACCUUUCCUUAGAUUGCUUUGGAAAGGUAAUUGGUUCAUACAAGAGAAGAGCUGUAAGAUUCUCUCUGUGAUAGUGAGUGCUAGGCCAAAAGUUCAGAAUGGCGUUGAUGCAAAUGGAGAUGCCUCCAGUUCUAAGAGGAAACUCACCUCCGCUGAAGAUGUUUUGCGAGGCCUGGUUGAGUGGCUAUGCGCACAGGUUAGUCUGCACAUUUCAAGGGGAUUUGCAAUGGUUUAUGGAGGUAUAGAAUUUUGGCAGUAG